CGAAUUCCAUCGCCAUGCAUCUACGCCGCUGCGGGCUGUCGAUCUGAAUCUCGCGGUGCGCUGGCUAUAUGUUAUGUAGCCGAUGGUAUAUCUGUAGUAAUUGAGAGUAUCUAAAGGCCGAAAUCGCUGUGUUCUGGACAGAGACUUGGGAGGCGAGGUUUCAUUCAACGGCGAUCCCCAGAUAUCCAACAUCUCGGAGAGACAUACCGCACGACCCACUGCAGGAAAUUUCUGCACGAACGACCCUUCUCGGAGUAGCUAGCUUUUCUUCGACCUGGUGUCAUCGUCUCCGUCAUUGUCAUUGCCGUUGUCACUGUCCUUUGUCCAUUUGCGCCCUCCCUUGACAUCGACUGCCCCGUUCCUCCACCGUGAUCAAGAUGAGAUUGGACGGCGUCAACCCCGAGGUCGAUCCCAUCGAUAACAAGCAGGCCGAGAAGGGCGGUUACGAGGAUGACCUCAAGGGCCAGCAGGACCCGUCCUUCGUUGACCCGUUCGGCAACGAAGAGACCGCGGAGGUCAAGUACAAGACGCUGAAGUGGUGGCAAUGUGGAAUGUUCAUGAUCGCCGAAUCCGUCUCGCUCGGUGUCCUUUCGCUGCCAGCAACCUUGAACGCUCUGGGAAUCGUUCCUGCGGUCAUCCUCAUCGUCGGCCUCGGCGUCCUCGCCCUCUACACCGGCUAUGUCAUCGGCCAAUUCCGCCAGCGCUACCCCUUCAUCCAUAACCUGGCCGAUGCAGGCGAGAUCCUCAUGGGCCGCUUCGGUCGCGAGCUGUUCGGCCUCGGCCAGAUCCUCUUCUCCAUCUUCAUCAUGGGCAGCCACAUUGUCACCUUCACCGUCAUGAUGAACACCAUCACCGACCACGGCACCUGCUCCAUCGUCUUCAGCGUCGUCGGCAUGGUCAUCUGCAUGGUCCUGUCUCUGCCGCGGACCAUCAAGAACAUGACCUACAUCUCCGUUGCCUCCUUCCUCAGCAUCUUCUCCGCUGUCAUGAUCACCAUGAUCGGCGUCGGCGUGCAGUACAAAGGCGGCGAGAACAUUACCAUCACCAACGAGACCAACCUCUACCACGCCUUCACCGCCGUCACCAACAUCGUCUUCGCCUACUGCGCCCACGUCGCCUUCUUCGGCCUGAUCGCCGAGAUGGAGGACCCGAAAGAUUUCCCCAAGGCGCUGUGCCUGCUGCAAGGCUUCGAGAUCAUUCUGUACGUCGUCGCUGCGGUCGUCAUCUACUACUACGUCGGUGACGGCGUCGCGUCUCCGGCGCUGGGGUCUGCCGGGCCGGUACUCAAGAAGGUCGCGUAUGGGAUUGCGAUUCCGACGAUCGUCGGAGCCGGCGUCGUCAACGGCCACGUGGGUCUGAAAUACAUCUACGUGCGCAUCUUCCGUCGCUCGGGGCGCAUGCACAAGCGGGAUCUUCUGUCCGUCGGAUCCUGGGUCGCCAUCGGUCUCAGCUGCUGGAUUAUUGCGUUCAUUAUCGCCCAGGGUAUUCCGACUUUCAACAACAUCGUUAGCUUGAUUAGCUCGCUGUUCGCUAGUUGGUUCACUUACGGACUCAGCGGCGUCUACUGGCUGCACCUCAACUGGGGCCGAUGGUUCUCGUCGCCGCGCAAGACCUUCCUGACGAUCUUGAACAUGCUGAUUGUGCUGAUUGGCGGUGCUAUUUGCGGUCUCGGCCUCUACGUCUCCGGCAAGGCGAUCCACGACGAUGCGUCCAAGACGAGCUUCUCGUGCGCGAACACGGCCGAUUAGAGUCUUGGUGUUUGGAUAUAGAUUUGGAUUUAAAUUUUGUUAUGAUGCAUGGCACAUGUUUAUUUGAUAUAUAUUAUGUUGGUUAAUGAGUUCGUUGGCG